AAAAACUUCGAGUUAAAUAUGAAGAACUAAGUUAUAACUUACGUGUAUCUCCAUUAACACAAGUAUCAGUUAAUCAAAAUAAGGAGGACGAUACGUUUGCUGAUUUGUGGGCUUCUAAUCAAGAAAUAAUUCAGACUGAAAAAGAUGAAGUCUCUCAAUAUAUAAACUUUCCAGAGGC